AUGCAAGAAACCAUAAGUAUUGAAGGGGGUUCAAAUAACUGUGAAUCUUCUACAAAUAACUAAAUACAAGAAGAAUCGGCUCAAAACGAAAACAGAUUUGAAGAACAAGGUUUUGAUUACAUAAAUUCAGAUAUGAUUGACUGCGAAAAUAGCUACAGAUAAAUUGAUGUUGAUAACUAUGGAGAUAUGUAAUUAUAAAAAUAUAAUUAUGGAUAUGAAAUAAAUUAUGAUGAAGAUAGCAGCUUAAAUUCAAUUAAAUAUUAAGAAAAAUCUUUUGAAAGUAUUUCAGAAGAUAAUUCUGAUUACUCUUAAAAGAGCAAGAAAUAACCAUUAAAAGUACUUAGAAAGACAGGAAUGAUUGAAAUAAAUAGACAUAUAGAUAUUUAGCUUAAUAUCAUGCUCUUAGGAGACAUUUUUAUCCAUAAAGAUAUAUUUGUGGAUAGCAGAGAUAAUAAAUUAUCGAAUGUUUGUCCGGUUUCUGCUUAUCGCCCAGUUAUAGCUACAGAAAAAACAGAAAAAUAUUGCUUAGCAUUUGUUGAUAAUAGUUAGAUGGGAAUUACUGAUAUUAACUUUCCUAUUUAGUUGCUAGCUUCACUGAAUUAUGAUAAAGCAUACAGAAUUUCUUAAAACUUAGCCUAAUUAUAUAAUUUUUAUUAAAACUUGUAAACUUUGCAGUAAAAGGUUUUUUCUUACUACAGAAAUGACCAUUCUAAAAUAGAGCAUAUAAUUUAUAAUAACCACUAAUAAUCAUUAAAAUUAGCUUAGAAUUAUCUUAAGCGCAUAACACAGGACAAAAUAAUAAUGUUUCAUUAUAAAAAGAUUGAUCCAAGUACUUUAACUCACAAGUUGCACUAUACAGGAAGUAAUAUGACUAUGAGUGAGCUAUUUACAGGAAAGUCUGACUUCUCAGUAUUAGAAUAAUACAUGAAUAGAAUUGGUACUCCAAGAUAUAUUGAUGCUUAAGGAAUGGUAAAUUUGAUUGAUGCAAAAUUUUAAGGAAAUACAACAUUUGACUUAAAUCUAAUUACUCUUGAUGACUUGAUUAUUCCUUUAAAUUGCUCAAUAAAAAGAAUAUUUUUAAACGAGUUUGAGAUUGUCCCUGGAGAAAAAAUGAGUGAAUAUCUUGAUAUACACAUCCUAGAUGCUAAUUUAAAUAUAAUUUAAGAUGUUUUGGCAAAACGUAAUUAACCUACUUAGGUUUAAAAUGUUUCUUAGCUUGAAUAUGAAAUGAAAGCAGAAAUAUUUUUAUAAAAAUUUUACUAAGAAGAAAAUCGAGAUCUGUAACAAGGUGUCUUCGCUUGA